UAUAAUAUUAGUACAUAUCAUGAAUCAUGGUAUUUUAUUCUAUAAACUUUUAUUCAGCUACACCCACACAAUCUAUAAUCCGUCGAGUGGCACCCACAACAGACUUCCUAUCCGGCUCUAAUCUCCAAGCAACAUCAGUGUUGUCGAGAACGAUGGCAUCCCUCGCGCAGAUGCACAAAACGGGUCCACAUAUCAAAAAGAGAAAAUCAAGAAAUCCGCUCAAUGGAAAUCCUUUCGCCAAGGGUGUGAUACUAAAAACCUUGAUCAGAAAACCCAAGAAGUCGAACUCCGCUAACCGUAAAUGCGUGCUCGUGCGUCUCUCCAGCGGGCGAGAGAUGAUCGCCUACGUGCCGGGCAUCGGACACAACCUGCAGGAACACAAUAUCGUGCUCGUUAGAGUCGGCAGAGUUAAAGAUUGUCCCGGUGUGAAGCUGAAAUGCGUCCGAGGUAAAUUCGACUUGCCGCACGUCAUCAAGCAGAAACUACACAAUACACAAUCUAUAAUCCGUCGAGUGGCACCCAUAACAGACUUCCUAACCGGCUCUAAUCUCCAAGCAACAUCAGUGUUGUCGAGAACGAUGGCAUCCCUCGCGCAGAUGCACAAAACGGGUCCACAUAUCAAAAAGAGAAAAUCAAGAAAUCCGCUCAACGGAAAUCCUUUCGCCAAGGGUGUGAUACUAAAAACCUUGAUCAGAAAACCCAAGAAGCCGAACUCCGCUAACCGUAAAUGCGUGCUCGUGCGUCUCUCCAGCGGGCGAGAGAUGAUCGCCUACGUGCCGGGCAUCGGACACAACCUGCAGGAACACAAUAUCGUGCUCGUUAGAGUCGGCAGAGUUAAAGAGUGUCCCGGUGUGAAGCUGAAAUGCGUCCGAGCUACACCCACACAAUCUAUAAUCCGUCGAGUGGCACCCACAACAGAUUUCCUAACCGGCUCUAAUCUCCAAGCAACAUCAGUGUUGUCGAGAACGAUGGCAUCCCCUCGCGUAGAUGCACAAAACGGGUCCACAUAUCAAAAAGAGAAAAUCAAGAAAUCCGCUCAAUGGAAAUCCUUUCGCCAAGCUACACCCACACAAUCUAUAAUCCGUCGAGUGGCACCCACAACAGACUUCCUAACCGGCUCUAAUCUCCAAGCAACAUCAGUGUUGUCGAGAACGAUGGCAUCCCUCGCGCAGAUGCACAAAACGGGUCCACAUAUCAAAAAGAGAAAAUCAAGAAAUCCGCUCAAUGGAAAUCCUUUCGCCAAGGGUGUGAUACUAAAAACCUUGAUCAGAAAACCCAAGAAGCCGAACUCCGCUAACCGUAAAUGCGUGCUCGUGCGUCUCUCCAGCGGGCGAGAGAUGAUCGCCUACGUGCCGGGCAUCGGACACAACCUGCAGGAACACAAUAUCGUGCUCGUUAGAGUCGGCAGAGUUAAAGAUUGUCCCGGUGUGAAGCUGAAAUGCGUCCGAGGUAAAUUCGACUUGCCGCACGUCAUCAAGCAGAAAGUAUAGUAGUCUGUUAUAUCCAGUUGUGUAAGGUUAUUUGUAGCGAAAUAAAUCUAGUUUAAGUACA